UUUUUAGUUACACUCAACGGUCACAUUGGACAUUACACAUUCGGCGUGUUGCACAUUUUCUCUGUUUAAUUAAAGUUAAAGACCAAAUCACGGUUAUAUAACAAGAUGAACAGCCUGAGAACUGCCACCAUGAGAUUCGCCAGCCUGGCCAGCUCCAGUGCGGGUUCCUUAGGCAAGCGCGACUUCACCCGCAGCUUGUGGCACAUGACCAAAAAGCCGGUGGCCGCCGGAGGAUCCGAUCAUGUAACCGUUCUGAACCUCCACAAGCCCAGCAUAAAUUGCACGUGCGGCUGCAAUGUGCACACCAAAUGCGAGCGAGAGCUGGUGGAGUUCCUUACCGAGGAGAUUGUGGCCGAGCGCAAGGUACAGAAGGGCAAGUCGGUUCCCAGCACACUUGAUGGGUUUAGCGUGAAGCUGACCGGCGCCGAUGUGGAGCUUACCAAGCAGACAGACAAGGAGAAGGUUGUGGUCAGCUUUAAUGUAAACCACUCCGUGGACAGCGAGGAGGAGCCCGAAAUCAAUCCGAAUGCCGACAAGCCGGAACUGGGCGAGAUGAGGAGCAAGCCCCAGUUCGAAGUCGACAUCAUCAAGGGAAACUCGACGCUUUCUUUCACCUGCUCCUUCCUGCAAGGCGAAGCUCAAGAGGGCGAGUAUAAUGACGUGUUUUCUAUUGAUGAGAUGGCCAUCUUUGAGGGCGAAUGGAACGACAAAGUCUAUGCCGUCGCCGGCGACGUGCUCGAUGGCUACUUGUACGACUUGCUAAUCAAUCUACUGGAGGAGAAGGGCAUAAGCCAGGAGUUUGCCGAAAAACUGUCGGACCUAGCCACUGCCCACGAGCACACCUCUUACAUUGGUCUGCUGGAAAAACUUUCAAAGUUCACCGCCGGUGGCAAGUGAACAUUUAUCCACCAUAAUCUUAAAGCAUAAAGUUGUGUAGAUUUUUAAGUUUCUACUGUCGGCUGCCGCAGUUUCACCACUUAAAAACGGUUUUGAUCAGUUGUGUUUUUGGUUAGCCUGCGGCCGUUAGUUUAGUUUUUAGGCCAGCGAACAAUCUACAUGUUUCUGGAAAAACGGGAACGGGUGCCAACAAUUUGACCUAUUUCGGCACUUGCUUCAGGUUUGAUUUCAUCAAAUACAGCGUUAAUUACUAAGA